AUGGGAAUGGGAGCGGGAUUGGGAACGGGAAACGGUGACGGGGCUUUGGCGCUUGACGCAGGCGUUCCGGUGGGUCCCAACGGUGCCGAUCCCCUGCCCCUCGGCAACGUUUCCACCUACCCCGCCUCCAUCCCCAUCCUCCUGUCCCCGGAGCCCUGCGGCCCCAGCGGGCCCUUCCUCUUGGUGCUGGUGCCCAGCGCCGCGGAGCACGCGGAGCAGCGCCAAGCCGUGCGCGACACCUGGGGCCGGGGGACACCCCCGAAACCCCCCAAAACACUUCAAAACGCCCCCCAAAUGCCUGAAACGCCUAGAAACGCCCCCGAAACGCCCGAAAACGCCCCUGAAACGCCUAAAAACGCCCCCAAAACGCCUAGAAACGCCCCCGAAACGCCUGAAAACGCCCCCGAAACGCCUCAAAACGCCCCCGAAGAGCCCGAAACCGCCCCCGAAACGCCCUCCAUGCGCACCAUCUUCGUGGUGGGCCUGCCCGGGUCGCGGGCGGCGUGGCGGGCGCUGCGUGAGGAGUGGUUGCGUCACGGCGACGUGCUGCAGGGCGCGUUCCCCGACGCCUACGGCACGCUGACGCUGAAAACGCUGCUGCUGCUGCGUUGGGCGUCCCGGCGCUGCCCCGGCGCCCGUUUCCUUCUCAAGGCCGACGACGACGUCUUCGUCAACGUCCCCGCCUUGGCGCGGCACCUCCGGGCGCCAACGUUGCCCCGGCGCCUUUACUUGGGUCGGGUGCAUUGGUGGGUGCCCCCCAACCGCGACCCAUCGAGCCGUCACCACGUCCCCGCCGCGUUGUACCCGGCGUCGCGGUUCCCCCCUUACUGCAGCGGCACGGCCUACGUGCUGUCGCGCGCGGCGGCGUUGGCGGUGCUGGCGGCCGCCCCACACGUUCCUUUCGUGGGUCCCGAGGACGUGUGGGUCGGGUUGUGCGCCCGGCGUGCCGGGCUGGCGCCGCGGCACACGGCGCGGCUGGCGGGCGCCAUGAGGGUGCCGUUGGAUGGGUGCUGUUACGGGGAGGUGAUGUUCAGCGCGCACCGCCUGCGCCCCGAUGACAUGAGGGAAGUGUGGGGCGUGCUGACGGGGGGAGGGAACGGUUGUGGGGCGUUGGAGAGGGCCUUGGGGGUGCUGAGGUGUAGGGUGAUGGCUGCAAGGGCCGGAGGAGGGUGGUGA